AUGGAGAGAGAAUAUUGCAUAGCGUCUCGGUUAUUAUCAGACAAAAGGCAGUUAAUAGGAAUAUGGUAUGUCAGUGAGUGGAUAGCCACGGGCAAACCUCAAGCGUUCCAGCUGGUGGAGCUGGGCCCAGGGAGGGGCACUCUCACUGAUGAUAUACUACGGGUCUUCAACCAGCUUGCCUCUUUGCUUAGUAAAUGUGAUGUCUCUAUUCAUCUGGUAGAAGUGAGUCCCAAACUCAGCGAGAUCCAAGCGCUGAUGCUGACGGGAGGGAAGGUGCAGUCAAACCCCGAGGAUGAGUCUGCUUACAUGAAAGGCGUUAGCAAGACUGGAAUUCCCAUUUUCUGGUACAGAGACAUUCAAGAUGUGCCACCAGGUUACAGCUUUUACUUAGCACAUGAGUUUUUUGAUGCCCUGCCAAUACAUAAGUUUCAGAGAACAGAGAAAGGCUGGCGUGAAGUGUUGGUUGAUAUAGACCCAGACGUUCCUGACCAGCUGCGGUUUGUCCUGUCACCAUCCAGUACCCCUGCAACAGAAAACUUUAUUCCGCCUGAAGAAACAAGGGAUCACGUGGAGGUGUGUCCUGAGGCUGGUGUCAUCCUUCAGAGGCUUGUCUGCCGGAUAGAAAAGGAUGGUGGGGCUGCACUGGUUGCUGAUUACGGUCAUGAUGGAACCAAAACUGACACUUUCCGGGGAUUCCGGAAUCACAAACUGCACGAUGUGUUGCGAGCUCCAGGGACAGCAGACCUGACGGCAGAUGUUGAUUUCAGCUAUCUUCGAAAGAUGACACAGGGAAGAACAGCCACAUUGGGCCCCAUAAAACAGCGGGAGUUUUUAAAAAACAUGGGCAUUGACCUCCGACUGCAGGUCCUCCUGCAGAAUUCACAUGACACAGCAACUCGUGAGCAGUUGCUUCACAGCUAUGAUAUGCUGAUGAAUCCCCAGAAGAUGGGGGACCGUUUUCACUUUUUUGCCCUGCUGCCUCACCACAGACUCGUACAUCUUGACAAGAAACAGAAGCCAAAGUCUCCCGUACAGCCUGUUGCUGGAUUUGGUGAACUCUUACUGAAGUAAUUUCAAAUACUAUAGCAAAA